CAGAAAACCCCAUUUCACCAAAUCUCAAAUAAACUACCCUCCCUAUUAUAAUCUUAACUCAAAUAUUAAAAAUGUUACUCUUCUCUUCCUCCUAUUCUCACCAUUAAUAAUCAUACUCCUUUCUCAUGUAUUCACUUCGUAGUCGUAAAACCCCUGUCUUCUUCUCCUCCAAUUUAUUCAAGAUGAAGCAUACUGCCCGGAAGAACAAUCAUUUUUCCAUAUUCGUUGUUGUUUUCUCCAUAUUCCUCUUUGGAUGCUUCAUGUACAAUGAAGACGUCAAAACAAUUGCUGAAUUCCCAUUUUCUAUGACCAGAAAUCAAGAUAUCAACACUGCAUCUUUGAAUCAACAAAUUGAGACUAAGGUAGUGAUGAAUUCAAGAACAGAGCCAGAGAAGGAAAAUAUUGAAAUUCCCGCUGAAGAAGAAGAAGAAGAGGAAGAGGAGAAUAUUGAAUUGCCACCAGAAGAUUGUGAUCUUUUUACAGGGCAAUGGGUUUACGACAAUGUAACACACCCAAUUUAUAAAGAACCAGAAUGUGAGUUUCUUACAGCACAAGUAACUUGUAUGAGGAAUGGAAGGGAGGACUCCAUGUAUCAGAACUGGAGGUGGCAACCCAGAGACUGUUCUUUACCCAAGUUUAAAGCAAAGUUGCUGCUUGAGAAACUGAGGAACAAGAGACUCAUGUUUGUCGGAGACUCGCUGAACAGAAAUCAAUGGGAAUCCAUGAUUUGUUUGGUUCAAUCUGCAGUUCCUCCAGGCCGAAAAAGCUUAAACAAGACUGGUUCUUUGUCUGUUUUCAGAAUUGAGGAUUAUAAUGCCACAGUGGAAUUUUACUGGGCUCCAUUUCUGGUGGAGUCAAAUUCAGAUGAUCCAAACAUGCAUAGUAUAUUGAACAGGAUCAUCAUGCCCGAAUCAAUUGAAAAGCAUGGAAAGAACUGGAAGAAUGUUGAUUAUCUCGUCUUCAACACAUAUAUUUGGUGGAUGAAUACUUUCGCCAUGAAAGUUCUACGAGGGUCGUUCGAUGAAGGAGCCACAGAAUACGAUGAUAUUGAGAGACCAGUUGCUUAUCGGAGAGUUUUGACAACAUGGUCACAGUGGGUGGAAAACAAUGUGGAUGUCAAUCGCACGAAAGUUUUCUUCAUGAGCAUGUCUCCUCUUCAUAUCAAGAGUUUGGAUUGGAACAAUCCUGAUGGGAUAAAAUGUGCAAAAGAGACUAGCCCAGUGUUAAACACAUCAAUGCCGCUAAGUGUUGGUACAGACAAGAGACUAUUUGUAGUAGCAGCAAAUGUUACUCAAUCCAUCAAUGUCCCUGUUUACUUCCUCAAUAUCACCUCCUUAUCGGAGUACAGGAAAGACGCGCACACAUCUGUCCACACCAUUCGACAAGGCAAAAUGCUGACACCGGAGCAGAAAGCUGAUCCAACCACCUAUGCUGAUUGUAUUCAUUGGUGCCUCCCUGGAUUGCCUGAUACUUGGAAUGAGUUCCUCUAUUCGCGAAUUUUAUCCCAUUCUUAACACUAGGAAUUUUAUGUCCCUAUAUAACAAAUGGUGUCCGGUCA